AUGGCUCCCGCUGUUGGUAUUGAUCUGGGCACAACCUACUCUUGUGUGGGUGUGUACCGUGAUGACCGCAUUGAGAUUAUCGCAAACGACCAGGGAAACCGGACCACACCUUCCUUCGUCGCAUUCACCGACACUGAGCGUCUGAUCGGAGAUGCCGCCAAGAACCAGGUCGCCAUGAACCCUCACAACACCGUCUUCGACGCGAAGCGGUUGAUUGGCCGCAAGUUCCAGGACUCUGAGGUCCAGGCCGACAUGAAGCACUUCCCCUUCAAGAUCAUCGAGAAGGGUGGCAAGCCCAACAUCGAGGUCGAGUUCAAGGGCGAGACCAAGACCUUCACCCCUGAGGAGAUCUCCUCUAUGGUCCUGACCAAGAUGCGUGAGACCGCCGAGUCUUACCUUGGUGGCACCGUCAACAACGCCGUCAUCACUGUUCCCGCCUACUUCAACGACUCUCAGCGUCAAGCCACCAAGGACGCUGGUCUCAUUGCUGGCCUUAACGUUCUGCGUAUCAUCAACGAGCCCACCGCGGCCGCCAUCGCCUACGGUCUCGACAAGAAGGUCGAGGGCGAGCGCAACGUCCUGAUCUUCGAUCUGGGUGGUGGCACUUUCGAUGUGUCGCUCCUGACCAUUGAGGAGGGUAUCUUCGAGGUCAAGUCUACUGCCGGAGACACUCACCUGGGCGGUGAAGACUUCGACAACCGCCUCGUUAACCACUUCGUUAACGAAUUCAAGAGAAAGCAUAAGAAAGAUCUGAGCACCAACGCUCGCGCUCUGCGUCGUCUCCGCACUGCUUGUGAGCGUGCCAAGCGAACUCUGUCUUCCUCCGCGCAGACCUCCAUCGAGAUCGACUCCCUGUUCGAGGGUAUCGACUUCUACACCUCCAUCACCCGUGCUCGUUUCGAGGAACUGUGCCAGGACCUGUUCCGCUCCACCCUGCAGCCCGUCGACCGUGUCCUGACCGACGCCAAGAUCGACAAGUCCCAGGUUCACGAGAUCGUCCUGGUCGGCGGUUCCACCCGUAUCCCCCGUAUCCAGAAGCUGAUCACCGACUACUUCAACGGCAAGGAGCCCAACAAGUCCAUCAACCCCGACGAGGCCGUCGCAUACGGCGCUGCCGUUCAGGCCGCAAUUCUGUCGGGCGACACGAGCUCCAAGUCGACCAACGAGAUCCUACUGCUCGAUGUUGCGCCGCUAUCCAUCGGUAUUGAGACCGCUGGUGGCAUGAUGACCAAGCUCAUCCCCCGUAACACCACUAUCCCUACCAAGAAGUCUGAGGUCUUCUCGACCUUCUCCGACAACCAGCCUGGUGUGCUUAUCCAGGUCUACGAGGGUGAGCGUCAGCGCACCAAGGACAACAACCUGCUCGGCAAGUUCGAGCUGACCGGCAUCCCCCCUGCGCCUCGUGGUGUCCCUCAGAUCGAGGUUACCUUCGAUGUUGACGCCAACGGAAUCAUCAACGUCUCCGCGCUCGAGAAGGGCACUGGAAAGACCAACAAGAUUGUCAUUACGAACGACAAGGGCCGUCUCUCCAAGGAGGACAUCGAGCGCAUGCUUGCUGAGGCCGAGAAAUUCAAGGACGAGGACGAGGCUGAGGCUCGCCGUGUCUCUGCCAAGAACGGCCUCGAGUCGUACGCUUACUCUCUGCGCAACACCCUGUCCGACUCCAAGGUCGACGAGAAGCUCGAUGCUGCCGACAAGGAGAAGCUCAAGACCGAGAUUGACAAGGUCGUCAACUGGCUCGACGAGAACCAGCAGGCCGCUCGUGAGGAGUACGAGGACCAGCAGAAGGAGCUGGAGGGUGUCGCCAACCCCAUCAUGAUGAAGUUCUACGGUGCUGGCGGCGCUCCCGGCGGCCCUGGCGGCGCUCCCGGCGGCUUCCCUGGCGCUCCCGGCGGCGGUGCUCCCGGCGCUGGUGGCGACGACGGCCCCACCGUCGAGGAGGUCGACUAA